GACUGAGCAAGUUGGACAGCCUGCUGCUGGAAAACAACCGGAUCAAGGCACUACCAGCGCGCGCCUUCACCGAGCUCAGCCAGCUGACUAAGCUCAACAUCGAGCACAAUCAGGUGGCCUACAUCGACAAGCUCGCCUUCCAGGGACUCGAGCAGACUCUGGAAUGGCUGUCACUGGGGGACAACAAGAUCUUCGGCAUCCCCACGCAGGCGCUCCGCGGUCUUCACCGGCUCAAGCAGCUCGACCUCAAGCACAACAACAUCUCCAUCAUUCCGGAGGACGCAUUCGAGGGCUUUGGGCAGUCGCUUAAGUUCUUGUGCCUGCAGAAAAACCACAUCAAGACCAUCCCGCCGGGCACCUUCAUGCAGAUGCACUCGCUGGAGUGGCUGAAACUCAGCAAUAACGAAAUCACCACCAUCCCACUGGAGACGGUGGAGAGCUUGCUGGACUCACUCGAAGUCAUUGACCUUUACCAGAACCCGCUGGUAUGCAACUGCGAGCUAGUCUGGUUCAAAGAGUGGAUCGACCGGCAUUCGGACGACGAAGAGUUCCAGACGUUACACCACGAGCCGCAUUGCCGCAAGUUCGACAGCAAGCACAUUGUGAGCGUGAAGAAGCUGCCCGCCUCCGAAUUCAACUGCCCGACCAGCGGGCAGCCGUCGGCUGCGGAGGCGGCCGCCUGGCCGGCGUUGCUGGCCGCCGCCUGCGCCGCUGCCCGACGCCCGCAGUAGCUCCACCCCGCCCUCCCACGCUCGGACAGCGGCACGUCCGCCGGCUUCCGGGCGUGACGGGCGCAGACGUCAGACGACGCCCAGCUGGAUUUCGUCGCCAUUUGGACCUGGCGACCCGAAUAUGGCGGCAUCCUGGGAAGCCGAUCCGAAUACGGCGGCGUCGUGGGAGGUCGAUCCGAAUACGGCGGCUUCGUGGGAAGUCGAUCCAAAUAUGGCGGCUUCGUGGGAAGCCGAUCCCAAUACGAAGGCUUCGUGGGAGGCUUUUAGUCCAGAUUCAUGUGCGGCGUUACAGAGGCACUCAAAGCAAAAGGGCAGCCGGAGGGGUUUCCGUUUGACGUAGAAACGAGAGCAAGAGAAGUGGAUAAUCGCUUCGGCGAGCCAGUUUACCGUCGGAUAGCUGCGGGACCUUGGAGCAUUUACCGCAAAGUGCGUAGAACUCUCCGGCACUCCAAGCUGAGCUGCGACAGCCAAACAGGGCUCAAGCAUCUAAAAAGGUUUGUCUUAAAUUUAUCUUCGAACCGCUGGCCAAUGAGGAAACGUAAAAAGGAAACAAGAAAAACUAAGCGUGAACGAUGGCAUCUUAAAAUAAUUACACAUGUAAUUAUUUGAACUUAUGCCAUUCAAGCACAUUGGGUGCACCUAGGAAGUAAGAAGUGAUGGCAGAAUCUCUCCGAGGGCAUGAAGCCGACACGGUCGAUGGCCCCCUAAAUAAGCGGCGUAAGCGGCGCAGUCGCGUUCAGGCCUGGAAAAUUACGAAGUUUCACCGACCGGGUUCGGGGAAAACCUGCCCGUCGGCAAGAGGGGCCCCAGCCACCCUGUCCGCCAGGUGGGGAGUUUCACCCCGUCCUCGCAUGCGUGGCAUGCUCGCCGGGCGGACCACGAGACCAGCGCGGCAUGUAACGCCGCAGCGUGCAGGGAGUGUGCCACGCCCACGCCCGUGCCGCACACAUGCGCACGCGAGCAGCCGCGACUAAGAGGGGCGCAAGGGGAGGAGGUGGCUGUUUUCAAAGCCAGUCGUGUGGCUUAGCUGUGUCAAAUGUUCCACCGCGCACGUGCCCGUCUUGGCGCUCGCUGGCGACGGGCGUGUGCGCGCAUCGCGGCGGCCCGCCCGCCAGGCCUUGCUGCCUCCGUUCGCGGCACGCGCAUCAGCAGCUCAACAGCCUGCGCGAGAC